AUUUAACUCAACUCUAUCCACCACUCGGAUUUGGCCCGCUUUGAAACCUCCCGCGAAGCCGUUGAGCAAAAUAGCAUUCGGAUAAGAGAGAGAGAAAAGCAACAACAAUGGCAACUCUCCAACUCUUCACUGAUUGCUCCAACGCAAUAACUGCACUGAGACCAUCUUUGAACUCUCUCUUCACUAGUCCUCGUCGUUACAGGACCUCCCGAACUCGCAUUCUUCUGAGAGCCUCUCUCGAUCAAAACCCAAACCCAUCUCGCAAUCGCCGACAUUUCAUCGCCGAAACCGCCGCUGUUUCGUUGUCUCUCUCUCCUCUGCUCGGUUUCGAGCGGCCGGCCAAAGCCGAAGAACCUCUCUCCGAAUGGGAGAGGGUUUACCUCCCCAUAGAUCCUGGUGUGGUUCUCCUUGACAUCGCUUUCGUUCCUGAUGACUCCAGUCAUGGCUUUCUGUUGGGGACGAGGCAAACUAUAUUGGAGACAAAAGAUGGAGGGAACACAUGGGCUCCACGUUCAAUACCCUCUGCUGAAGACGAAGACUUUAACUACAGGUUUAAUUCUAUCAGCUUCAGAGGAAAGGAAGGAUGGAUUGUUGGAAAACCUUCAAUUUUGUUGUACACUGACGAUGCCGGAGAAAGCUGGGGGAGGAUACCAUUAAGUUCUCAACUUCCCGGUGAUAUUGUAUAUAUAAAGGCAACUGGAGAGAAGAGUGCAGAGAUGGUAACCGAUGAAGGAGCUAUUUAUGUUACAUCAAACAGAGGCUACAACUGGAGAGCUGCUGUACAGGAGACUGUUUCUGCUACUCUUAAUCGAACAGUUUCAAGUGGUAUUAGUGGUGCUAGUUACUAUACAGGCACUUUCAAUACUGUUAAUCGCUCCCCCGAAGGAAAUUAUGUUGCUGUUUCAAGCCGCGGCAACUUCUACUUGACUUGGGAGCCAGGACAAGCAUUUUGGCAGCCACAUAACCGGGCAGUUGCAAGAAGAAUUCAGAACAUGGGAUGGAGAGCUGAUGGUGGUCUUUGGCUUCUUGUACGUGGUGGGGGACUUUAUCUCAGCAAAGGCACAGGGAUAACGGAGGAGUUUGAAGAAAUUCCAGUACAAAGUCGUGGAUUUGGCAUUCUUGAUGUGGGGUAUCGUUCUAAGGAAGAGGCUUGGGCAGCUGGGGGCAGUGGGAUUCUGCUGAGAACCACCAAUGGUGGCAAGACAUGGAUUCGUGACAAAGCAGCUGAUAAUAUUGCUGCCAAUCUCUAUUCAGUAAAGUUUAUCAAUGGUGAAAAAGGUUUUGUGCUAGGAAAUGAUGGAGUCUUGCUUCGCUAUCUUGGGUAGAUUAACAUGGUUUAUCGACGACACAUGCAAUUUUGUACCAAAGAAACAGUGUGAUAUGCUGCCAUCUAAAACAAUGAGACAGUAAAGAGUUUUAAAUUUCAGUGAUGUAACGAUUUUAAUUCCUAUUGUAAGUGCCAAGUAACCUUUGUAUUAUAUUUUUAAUUCUUUCAAUUCUUUGCUAUGUAAGUACUACAUUGAAGGUGAAUUUUCCCAUCGAACCAAGAUUUGCUGAGUCUGAUGGGAUAUAUUGGUAUGCUGAAUAUAGUUUUGAGUUUUGUUUGAAUCAA